AUGGUAGUUCAUCAGGUGGAAAAGAUAAACGGUGAUAUAAACCAUCAGAAAUUUAUUCAAGAUAUUUAUCCUCAAAGGAAACCCUUCCUUAUUUCUGGACAUGAUUUAGGACCUUGCAUGCAUAAAUGGAAUGCAGAUUAUUUAGCUGACGUGGGUGGCCAGCAAAUGGUCAAAUUACAUGUUGCUACGCAGGAUAAAAUGAAUUUUAUUACCAAGAAUUUUAGCUACAAGACGUUGCCUUUUAAGGAAUUCAUCCGAAGGGCUUCUGCUACUGAAAACCAACAUUACUUUUUUCAGCCGAAAGAAAAAUAUUACUUACGUUCAUUGGGAAAUGAUCCUAGAAAGGAGAUUGCAAAUUUUAUGGAACAAUUUCCAGCACUAGUGGAUGACAUCAAUCUUCCUCAAUAUUAUGAAUCGUCAGCUUUCUUUUCUAGUGUUCUACGAAUUAGUUCUGGUAAUUUACAAAUUUGGACACACUAUGAUGUCAUGGAUAAUACACUAAUACAAAUAACUGGCCGAAAGCGAGUUGUUUUAUUUAGUCCUCAAGACGCGUCAAAUCUUUAUCUCCAAGGCGAUAAAUCAGCUAUAGUGGAUAUUGAUAAUCCUGAUUUACAAAAGUAUCCUAAAUUUGCAUCAGUUACGAGAUAUGAAUGUGUCCUUGAGCCAGGUGACAUUUUAUUCAUACCAGCAAUGUGGUUUCACAAUUGUGGAGCGUUGGAUUUUAGUAUUGGUAUUAAUGUAUUUUGGAGACAUCUCGACUAUUCUUAUUACGACUCACGCGAUACAUAUGGCAAUAAGGACUUACUACCGGCAGCUAGGGCUAACCAAAUUCUCGAUCGAGCCAUUAAAGCUUUAGGGGAGCUACCUGACGAUUACAAAGACUUUUAUGCUCGCCGCUUGGUGUCUAAAAUAGAAAAUUUGUGCUAUCUUAAAUAA